ACUGCAGUUUAUAUCACCGCAAACGGUUCCAGAUUCUCUCUUCUCUCUCACUUUUUUCGGCUGUUCCAGAAAACCCUAGCUCUCUCGAGUUCUGCAGCUACUUCUCAUCCUGACUGUGCUCUCACUUGAGAAAAGGCUCGCCAAUUCUUCAAUCGGUUCCAGGAAUCUCCGAUUCGGUGCGGCGGUGUUUCUCAAUUCUCGCUCAUUUAUAUGACAAGCGCUUGGACAAAUAUGAGCAUUGCAAUCAUACAUAGGGGUAUAGAGAGGGAUGGGGAGAUUCAAUGUGGAGUUAUGGGUGUUAGUUUUUAUAAUUGGAGUUCUUGCUCUUGCUCACUCUCAGAAGAUCUAUACAUACAUCUGCUAAUAUUCUGGAGAGGAUGAGGAGAUCAAAUUUUAUUUCAAUAUAUUUAUUGCUUUGGAGCAUCUUGGAGCAAAUGAGCAAUGGAGCUUGUGGAGCACGGCUCACCUCGAGGAUUGCUCUCUUGUGAGAAACUUGCAUAAUCAAUCUUCUUGUUUCAAAUAUGAGUGGCCGCUUUUCUCGCACUAUUUAUGUCGGCAACCUGCCCUCAGAUAUAAGAGAGUGGGAAAUUGAAGAUCUGUUCUAUAAGUAUGGUCGUAUAGUAGAUGUUGAACUGAAGAUACCACCUCGUCCUCCAUGCUAUUGUUUUGUUGAGUUUGAGAGUUCUCGAGAUGCAGAAGAUGCAAUCAGGGGUCGAGAUGGGUAUAACUUUGAUGGUUGCCGCUUAAGGGUUGAGCUUGCCCAUGGUGGCAGUGGUAGAGGGCCAUCUUCUAGUGAUCGUCGAGGUGGCUAUGGUGGCGGUGGUGGUAGUAGUGGCGGUGGCGGUGGGACUGGGCGCUUUGGUGUCUCUCGGCAUUCUGAGUUUCGAGUUAUUGUGCGGGGACUUCCUUCUUCUGCGUCAUGGCAAGAUUUGAAGGAUCAUAUGCGCAAAGCUGGUGAUGUAUGUUUUGCUGAGGUUUCUCGUGAUGGUGAUGGGACUUUCGGUCUAGUGGAUUAUACUAAUUAUGAUGACAUGAAAUAUGCUAUUCGGAAACUUGAUGAUACUGAAUUUAGAAAUCCAUGGGCAAGAGCUUAUAUCAGGGUCAGGAAAUUUGAAGCCAGUCCUUCCAGGAGCGUAAGUAGAAGCCGCAGCAGGAGCAGAAGUCCAAAAAGGAACCGCAGUAAAUCUGUGGACCGGUCAUCAGUAUCAAGGUCUAGAUCGAGGUCGAGAUCGAGAUCGAUGUCUAGGUCUAGAUCUAGAUCGCCUUCUCCCGUCAAAUCUUCGAGGCCAAGAUCAAGAUCAAGAACAAAAUCAAGAUCGAGAUCAAUGUCAAGGUCAAGAUCAAGAUCGAGGUCAGGAUCUCCUCGUCCAGCGCGGUCUGGCAGCGGUUGAUCCUUUAUCGAGCAAGAAUAUGCAGCGGAGUUGGCGCUAGUAGAGAAAGAAUUAUUAAAAAUAUAUAUGAGUGUGGUCUCUUUUGUUAUAAAUUUCUUUAGGAGAACCCUUAUUGUUGAGUAUGAGUUUGUAUGACUUACAACUACACACAGGGCUUUGCUUGGCUGUUGGUUGAUAUUGGAUUUGACUAUCUAUUUUAGUGUAUUUUAUAGUAACUGAUUAUAUUAGCUGUGACUAUGAGUUUGAUGGAAAUUUGUGAAACUUUGUAUCCUGGAUUUUUUUUUAAAGAAUUUCAAACCUUUUUUUUUUAA